GCGUGCGCACGCGUGGUGUGUCACGGGGCGGGGCGAGGGCUGCGCGGAGUUCGCGGCCUGGCGUUCUGGCUCCGCAGCCCCCUGCCGCCUACCCUGCACCGGCCCGGCCUGGCCCGUCCCCAUGUACCGCGCGCUGUACGCGUUCCGCUCGGCGGAGCCCAACGCGCUGGCGUUCGCCGCGGGCGAGACCUUCCUGGUGCUGGAGCGCAGCAGCGCGCAUUGGUGGCUGGCGGCGCGGGCGCGCAGUGGUGAGACCGGCUACGUGCCGCCCGCCUACCUGCGCCGCCUGCAGGGCCUGGAACAGGAUGUCCUCCAGGCCAUUGACCGGGCCAUUGAGGCUGUGCACAACACAGCUAUGCAGGAUGGUGGCAAGUACAGCCUGGAACAGCGAGGAGUUCUCCAGAAGUUAAUCCACCACCGGAAAGAGACCCUGUCUCGCAGAGGCCCCUCAGCCUCCAGUGCUGCAGCAAUGACCCCAUCCACCAGUGACCACCAUCUGGAUGCUGCUGCUGCCAGGCAGCCCAAUGGAGUGUGUCGAGCUGGGUUCGAGCGGCAGCACAGCCUGCCCAGUUCUGAGCAUCUUGGUGCAGAUGGAAGCCUCUACCAGAUCCUACUUCUAUCUUCCCAGAUCCCACCACAGCCUCGCCGGGCAGCACCUGCCACACCUCCCCCACCUGUGAAACGCAGAGACCGAGAGGCCCUGGUGGCCUCGGGGAGCGGUGGCCGCAACACCAUGCCUUCUGGGGGUAGUUCCAUGUCCAGCGGCUCUUCAGUCAGCAGCACCUCCCUGGACACGCUCUAUACCAACUCCAGCCCAUCUGAGCUGGGCUCCAGCUGCUCACCCACACCCCCACCUGUGCCCCGCCGGAGCACCCACACCACUGUGUCCCAAGCCCAGCCCCCUCCCUCCAAGGAACCAGCCCCUGAACCCUCUGCAGAGGAAGUGGCAGUUGGCACAACCUCAGCCACUGAUGACCUAGAGGCCCUGGAUACACUGAGCCUGGGGACAACAGAGGAAAAGGCAGUGGCUGAGACAGCUGUGCCAAGGACCAUUGGGGCAGAGCUGAUGGAGCUUGUGCGGAGAAACACCGGCCUGAGCCAUGAAUUAUGCCGUGUGGCCAUUGGCAUCGUGGUGGGUCACAUCCAGGCCUCUGUGCCAGCCAGUGCACCUGUCAUGGAGCAGGUCCUCCUCUCACUGGUGGAGGGCAAGGACCUGAGCACAGCCCUGCCCUCAGGGCAGGUCUGCCAUGACCAGCAGAGGCUGGAGGUGAUCUUUGCAGACCUGGCUCGGCACAAGGACGAUGCCCAGCAGCGCAGCUGGGCCCUGUAUGAGGACGAGGGUGUCAUCCGCUGCUACCUGGAGGAGCUGCUGCAUAUUCUGACUGAUGCAGACCCUGAAGUUUGCAAGAAAAUGUGCAAGAGAAAUGAGUUCGAGUCUGUCCUGGCCUUGGUGGCCUAUUACCAAAUGGAGCACCGAGCAUCGCUGCGGCUGCUGCUCCUCAAGUGCUUCGGUGCCAUGUGCAGCCUGGAUGCAGCCAUCAUCUCCACACUUGUGUCAUCUGUGCUGCCGGUAGAGCUGGCACGGGACAUGCAGACGGACACACAGGACCACCAGAAACUCUGUUACUCUGCCCUUGUCCUGGCCAUGGUCUUCUCCAUGGGGGAGGCAGUGCCCUACGCACACUACGAACACCUGGGCACACCCUUCGCCCAGUUCCUGCUGAGCAUCGUUGAGGAUGGGCUGCCCUUGGACACCACAGAGCAGCUGCCGGACCUCUGUGUAAACCUGCUUCUGGCUCUCAACCUGCACCUGCCAGCCCCUGACCAGAAUGUCAUCAUGGCCGCCCUGAGCAAACAUACCAAUGUCAAGAUCUUCUCUGAGAAGCUACUAUUGCUCCUGAACAGAGGGGAUGACCCUGUGCGCAUCUUCAAACAUGAGCCGCAGCCGCCACACUCUAUCCUCAAGUUCCUGCAGGACGUGUUCGGCAGCCCCACCACAGCUGCCAUCUUCUACCACACAGACAUGAUGGCGCUCAUUGACAUCACUGUGCGGCACAUCGCGGACCUGUCCCCUGGAGACAAGGUACCGUUCGGGGCGGGCCAGAGGCCUUGGCCAGGAGUUCUUCGUCUGUUUGAAGCAGGAUCUACCCCGUCGGGGGAGCCGCACCCAAUGGAGCGUUCUGGGGGUCCUGGUCCUGACCUCCUCCUCCGUGCCAGGAUGCCCGCGUUCUCUGUACCUGGCACUGCAGCCCGCUCUCGAUGCCGCCUUUGGAGGCCGGUCCAUAUAGUGCCACCUGGGUCAUCUCUCCAGGCUAGCCUGGAACCCGCGGAGUCCCCUCCCCGCAUACAAUGAAUCUUGCUGUGAGGGGCGGGGCCUCCCAUUGUGCCAAUAGAGACAAUGACUCUCUGAUUGGAAUGCUCCACGUUCACCCCUCGUCCCCGCUUGUCUUCUGUGACGUCUGUUGCGCCAAGAACACCCAUUGGCCAGCUGAAACCGGCGCGUGCCAGGAGUUGCCCCGCGCGGGGAGAGCUGGAUUGAACGAGGGGGAGGGGGGAGGACUGAGCUUCUGUCAGUCCCUUCAAGGGGUUAAGGGAUGCGGUCGUGGCAGGCGAGGGGCGGGGAUCCAAGGAAGCUGGUUUUGCAGCCGUGGGGCUACGCUGGACUCCACGUGGCAUCCCAGAGCACUCGGGACCCGUGACCUGGAGAGGGGGUGUACCCUCCAGUGGAGAAGCCCCGAGCCCAGGAGACUGCUGGGGGCUGGCAAGGCGGGGGAGAAUUUGGUCUCUCUUCCCUCCUCGGUAGGGUCAUCUUUGGUCCCUGCUGCACAAGGGUGCUCCAAACAAGCAGAUGGUCACAACAUGUUUAAUAAGUUAAAACUCGCUGAUCGAUUAAAGCUAUUUGGGCUGCUGUCGCCCCAGACCCCUGUUCGGCCAUCGUCCCCCGCCCCAGGAUUCCACGUGUACCCACGCCCAGAGCGGUGAGAACGCUCAGGGGCACUAAACUUUCAGACCAAAAUUCGGGACACGAUUCGGAACCAGUGUUCAGGAAGAGGGACAAGAGAUCCGCAGGCAAAAGAAAGGCUGGGAGACGGAGCUGGGACAGCGACCUAGAAGGAGGAGGGAGGCGGGUUAGGGCGGCGGCCGAGAGCCGGGAGGGCGGACCCAAGGCGGCGGUGUUCCGUGCUCUGUUCAGCACCGCGAGCAGCACUUUUGUCCUCAGUAAAGAUGGCGGCGAC